CCCUGGACUGCCCCGAGGGCUGCUCCUACCUCUUUCCGUUGCUGCGGCGACCCCGGGCCCCAAGGGCGGGUCCCAACGGCUGGAGAGCCCGACGGGGGCAGAGGCACGCGGGCCAUGCCCUGGUCGCCGCAUGCCGUCAUCCUUCGGGACCUGGUCUUGGGCGCCUUUGGCACCAUCGCCUUCUUGCUCGACCUGGGCACCGACCUGUGGGUCGCGGUGCAGUAUGUGCUUGGCGGCCACUACCUGUGGGCCGUGCUCCUGCUGGCGCUGCUGUGCCUCGCCUCAGUCGUGUUGCAGCUCUUCAGCUGGAUCUGGCUGCGCGGCGACUCGGUCCAAAUGCAAGGGGUGGAGCCCCCGAGCCGCCGCCUGGCGCUGCUGCAUGUCCUGCAGCUGGGUUACCUGUACAGGUGCCUGCAGGGGCUGCACCAGGGGCUGCAGAUGUGGAGGCAGAAGACGCCCUCUGACUUUGAGUACGCCGAUUGCCUCUCGCUGGACAUCAGCAUGCUGCGGCUCUUCGAGACCUUCCUGGAGGCGACACCACAGCUCACGCUGCAGCUUGCCAUUGUGCUGCAGAUCGGCCAGGUCAAGCCCUUCCAAUGGAUCAGCAUCUGUGCAUCCUUCCUAGGCAUCUCGUGGGCACUGCUGGACUACCAUCGGGCCUUGCGUACCUGCCUCUCUUCCAAAUCUCGCCUGGGCCUGGGCUCCUCUGUCGUCUAUUUCCUGUGGAACCUGCUGCUUCUGUGGCCCCGGGUCCUGGCCGUGGCCCUGUUCUCGGCCCUUUUCCCCUGCUCGGUGGCCCUGCACUUCCUGUUUCUGUGGGUGGUGUUACUGAUCUGGGUCUGGCUGCAGGGCACAGACUUCAUGCCAGACCCCAGAUCAGAGUGGCUGUACCGGGCCACAGUGGCUGUCAUCCUGUAUUUCUCCUGGUUCAAUGUGGCUGAGGGCAGCACCCGAGGUCGGGCCACCAUCCACCUGGCAUUCGUCUUAAGUGACAGUGUUCUCCUGGUGAUCACCUGGGUGACUCAUCGCACCUGGCUGCCUGGUGGGAUCCCAUUGUACAUAUGGCUGCUAGUGUCCGGCGUCAGCUUCCUCCUGGGCCUGGCCCUGCGCCUCGCCUACUACAGCUGGCUGCACCCCAGCUACUCUCAGAAGCCUGACCGGGUGGAUGGGACCCGCAGCCUCCUUGCCCCCGAGCCGAGUCAGGUGCUCCACAACAGGCGCAUGACUCAGCUGGCACGGAACUUUUUCUCUAAGGCUAAGGACGAGGCUGCUUCACCAGGGAGGGUGGAAGUGAAUGGCACCCUUUGAAGCUGGGUGAGACCCCAUCGCAACCGUUCACCAUGUGCACAGUGUGACGUGGCCGGGUCCUGGGGGCUGAGGGCCAUGGGCGGUAUGGAGGACAUCUUAGAAAGAUGGCCUUUUCUCUUCUGCCAGCUGACCGGAACUCUCCCCUUAUGGUGUUUGCACCUCGUGCCACUCUGUCCCACGCCCCAUUCUUGUCUUCUGGGCUGAGAGGCCCAGGACUGCCAGGGGGUAUUCUCUAGAAUUCUCCAUCCUCUCCCCAUGCCCAUGCUGCCAUUCUGUUCCUUCAGUAGCUGUUUACUGAGUGUGUUCUAUGGUAGCAACAUGAUCCCAUCCUUGGGACCUAGAUCCAUAAUAGCUGCCAUCCUGGCCACAUCCCUUACCUAGUCAAGCCUGUGAGCCAGGGAUGCCCAGUGCUGGGAGGUCUUUGCCAGCCCCUGCAGGACCUUAGUGCAGCUGGUCCAGCCCUGUUUGGCUCUCAGGGGGCUGGCUGCCUUCCAGCCUAUGGCGGGAUGGACCUGUGUUCUGGUUAUGUGGAGCCAUUGAGUGUUGCCUCCUCCUCUUGCCAGCAGCAUACCUCCUACCUCAGUGUGUGCAAGAGGAGCCCAGGAGUGCCUCUCUCCUGGCCUGUGACAGACACUAAGUGUUGUUUGACAGUAUUACUAGGUUGUUAUUAAAACCUCAUGGAAUCUGCCAACCAAGUCUGUGUCAUUCCACACCAUCCAGAGUUUGAAGUUUAAAGGGCCACAAAAUCCUUUAACACUGGCAGUGUCCCCUGGGACACAGGGCCAGUGUGGGUGGGACUCCACAGCUUUUUUUUCUGCAGUUUCAGGAGGUGUUGGGCCUCCAAAACCAGAUCUACACACAUCACUUAUUUAUUCUACUGGAGAUAACUGGGUGAGUAGAGGGCCGAGAUGACAUCAGCUGUGGCUGGGGGACAGCUCACAAGUGUGGCCAGGGCUGAGCCUGGCUAACUCGCCACCUGUUCGAGCCAUCUGGCAAGCAGGAAGGAAGAAAAGUUGCAAUGCUCACUUCUGCUGUGAGGGCUGUGGCAAUGCCUCGGCCCAGAGGUGAUGGGCUGGGGGAGCUGGACAGGGGGACACUGGGAAGCCAGUGCUGGUGAAUUCUAUACCCAGUGUUACAGGCAGAGGGUCUCACACAACUUGCACUCCAGUGGUUUCCAGACGAAUUUCAUGGAACAGCCUGGCCCAUGGGGUGGCCAACAUAAUGUAAACAAAGAAAUUCCCACCUGUUACCUCUUAUCUGUGUGAGAGAAUAUGGCAAUCUCGGAAUAAAGAACCAUUCUUUUCAUUGAAUACUGCUUUCUUUUAAAAAAAAGUGGUUAUUUGCUUUUUAAAAACAAG